AGAGCGGCAGCCUCACUGGAGCUGUGUUUCGGAUCAAGUGUGUGAAGAAACCAGCAGCUUGUCCUUAUCGUUUAGAGUCGGAGUCUUUGGUUUUCACUCACGGAAACUCGUUGUUUCUCACAGUCAGUAGCUGAUCUGUGCGCAAACGUAACAACCCGCUUGGAUACCUGUCGCCAUGGGAGGAAGACGCAGAGGCGCACAUGACGAAAACUACUCCUUUGUCAGUCCAGUCGUCAAGUACCUACUGUUCUUGUUCAAUUUAAUAUUCUGGGUCAUCUCCCUGGUGAUGGUAGCUAUCGGCGUGUACGCCCGCAUGAUGAAACAUGCAGAGGCCGCUCUGCGGUGUCUGUCGGUGGACCCCGCUGUAAUGCUGCUGGUGGUGGGGGUCCUCAUGUUCAUCCUCACCUUCUGUGGCUGUGUGGGCUCGCUGCGAGAAAACAUCUGCCUCCUGCAGACGUUCUGCAUCUGUCUGACGGUGAUCUUCCUGCUGCAGCUGGUUGCCGGGGUCCUGGGCUUCGUCUUCUCCGAUAAGGCUCGGAAUAGCGUGACUGUGAUGAUCAACAAAGCCAUUGUCCACUACAGAGAGGACAUCGACCUGCAGAACUUCAUAGACUUUGGUCAGAAAGAGUUUGGCUGCUGUGGGGGUGUGACGUACAGCGACUGGUCCCAGAACAUCUACUUCAGAUGCGAGCCGGACAACCCCAGCAGAGAGCGCUGCUCCGUGCCCUUCUCCUGCUGCGUCCUCAACAAGGACGAGAACGUGAUCAACACCAUGUGUGGCCAAGGCAUGCAAGAGAUGGAGUACACUGAGGCUGGAAACCAUAUCCACGUCAACGGCUGCAUCGACAAACUGGUGGACUGGAUCCACAGCAACCUGUUCCUCCUGGGGGGGGUCGCCCUGGGACUGGCCAUACCACAGCUGGUCGGCAUCCUCCUGUCUCAGAUUCUGAUCAGCCAGAUCAAAGAUCAGAUCGAGCUGCAGAACUACAACCUGAAGCACCGCUCCGACCCGUGGAGAUGACCCAGACUGGAUCAGUCCAGAUUCUGGUGAUUGGCACCAGAACCACAACUGCCUGAAAACCUUUUUUUUCGUGGCAGCCUGGAUUAUGCAUCCAGCAUCAUUGCUUUAACUUAAAAACAUUUGACUAAUAUUGAGCCAGCAUGUGGACAAGCCAUUACUAUUGGCCAGGAUGUGGAGCUUAGUACACACAGAGGAGACGAAAGGAGAAACUGGACUCUGCCGCCACCUGCUGGACACAAACCAAGCUGGAAUUUAGCAAACUUUUUGAUGGCACCAAACAGAGGCAGGGGGAGUAUUUGGUGAUCAGGGUCUUGUUGACAGGAUCAUUUUAAACCUGAGAACUGCACUCAGUAUAAUAUUUCACUUUUUAUCAGCGGGAGUUAAUACAUACCUGUCUUUGUUGUUGAAUCCAUUAUGCUGUGAAUGCUAACUGACUGAAAAGGGAAUUACAUUUUUCCACAUAUUGAUUUUGUAUAUUUUUUCAAAAUAAAAGAAUGCCGGUCAGAAUGUGUUAUGCAUGCUCCGUCAUGAUGCUUACAGCUGCUGGCAUCUGUGGCAUGCAUCAGAUAUUUGGUCCAGGUUGUUUUAAUGAAUGUUGCUUUGUAGUUGAAAUAUCUGUGAAGAGUACAAAGCUUCGCCUACUUACAAUACUUUCACAAGCUUAUGUGUUAAAAAGCGUGUCUCAAAGUGCCUUUUACCCAUGAUACCAAAAGGUAUACAGUAUAAUAGAACUUUUUUACUUAACAUACAAAAUAUUUAAUUUGGUCAUUUAAUGUAACAGUAAUGUUUGCAUCAAAGGUCUGACGCUUCAUAAUAAAGUGGCCAUGUUAGGUUGUCCUGCAGAGACCCUACUCUUCA